CGAACGUAACCCGAGCACAGCAUAGGCACCUCGCGGAUUUGGUUCGGCUCCAAGUUGCCGAGGAGGGGGAGGGAGGAGGCGAGUUCUUCCGCAGGGAGAAAAGAGCGGCAGUGGUUCAUGCUACAAAACGGUGUGACCUCCCAGGGCCUCUCUCGCGCCUAGGACCGGCUCGACAGUUUUACUUGGACAGACCUUUGUGCGGUCAAGAGUCCUCGAGAUGAAGUUUUUCCGAAACCAGGAACGAGGUGGUGCCCUCGGCACUCUCCUCUCCUUGGCCCUCCUGGCCCAGAGCCCGCUGACGGUAGCGCAAAACGCCCCUGCCGACGGUGCUGUCUACGACUACAUCGUGGUGGGCAGCGGCCCAGGCGGGGCUGUGGUCGCAGUCAACCUCGCCAAAGCAGGACACUCCGUCCUUUUGCUGGAGGCGGGCGACAACAACCCCGGCCAGGGCUUUGGGCGUUACACUCCGACCGUGACUUGGGACUUUUACGUCAAGCAUUACCCGGAGGGCGACCCCCGCGACAACCAGUACAGCCAUCUGACCUGGCUCACGCCCGAGGGUCGUUACUGGGUCGGCCAGAGCGGCGCGCCGGCGGGCUCCCAGCUCCUAGGUGUCUACUACCCGCGCGGUGCGACGCUUGGCGGGUCCUCCAUGAUCAACGCCAUGGUGUGCUGGCUUCCGAGCGAGAGUGACUGGAACUACCAUGCCGAAGUGACUGGAGAUGACAGCUGGAGGGCCGAGAACAUGCACAAGAUCUUCACCAAGAUCGAAAAGAACAACUACGCCACGGCCGGCACGGCCAACCACGGCUUCAACGGCUACUUCCAGACGCAGAUGGGCGCGAUGCAGCAGUCCAAGCAGACGGGCCCGCUGCAGGGCAACAGCGUCAUGGCGGCCUACGCUCAGGACUGGAAAUCGACCAUGUCCAUGUCCAACCUGCUGAUCCGCGACCCCAACGAGAUCAGCGCGACGCGCGACCAGACGUCGAGCAUCUACGGCCUCGUCAACCACCAGUACGCCAACGGCAACCGCUACAGCUCGCGCAACUACGUGCAGGAGGCCGUGCAGGCGGGCGCCAACCUGACCGUCUCGCUCACCUCGCUCGCGACCAAGGUGCUCUUCGACACGACCGGGUCCGAGUGCGGCGACGGCAGCACCCCGCGGGCCACGGGCGUCGAGUUCCUGUUCGGCAAGUCGCUGUACAAGGCCGACAACCGGCGGGCGGCCAACGCGGAGGGGGUCAAGCGCACCGCCAUAGCGCGGCGCGAGGUCAUCAUCUCGGGCGGGGCCUUCAACUCGCCGCAGCUGCUGCUCCUGAGCGGGAUCGGCAACGCGACGGAGCUGGCCCAGUUCGACAUCCCCCUCGUCAAGGACCUGCCCGGGGUGGGCCGCAACCUGAUGGACAACCAGGAGAUGCCGAUCGUGGGAAGCGGCAGCGGCGGCAGCGGCAUGGCCGGGGUGGCCAUGUACAAGACGCAGCACCCGGCGCACGGCGAGCGCGACAUGUUCCUGAUGGGCGGGCAGGGGUUCCUGUUCCGCGGCUUCUGGCCCGACAACCCGGUGCGCGUGCCGGCGGACCCGCGCCAGCCCUACGGCGUGAGCAUGGUCAAGGGGUCGAGCGUCAACAACCAGGGCUGGGUCAAGCUGCGCAGCGCCGACCCCAUGGACACGCCCGAGAUCAACUUCAACCACUACGCCGCCGGCGCCGAGUACGACCUCGAGGCCAUGAAGGACACCGUCGCCUGGAUCCGCACCGUGUACAAGCGCGUGGGCAUCACGGCCGUCGAGCCGCCGUGCGCCGCGGGGCCCGAUGCGAACGGGUACUGUGGCAAAGAGGACGAGGACUGGAUCCACAAGCAGACUUUCGGGCACCACCCGACGUCGACGAACAAGAUUGGCGCGGAUGACGACCCGAUGGCGGUGCUGGACUCCAAGUUCCGGGUUCGGGGAGUUAGCGGGCUGAGGGUGAUCGACGCGAGUGCCUUUGCGAGGAUCCCGGGUGUCUUCCCGGCGGUGUCGACCUUUAUGAUCUCGCAGAAGGCAAGCGAUGACAUGCUGGCUGAGUUGGAGGCCGGAACUGCGCUGGAGCAGUGCUGACCUUACCCUCGGGGAUGUUUCAGGGAGUUGGAGUUCGAUGGAAAGUAGGUGAUGUGGAGAAUGGCAUCGUGUGAAGCGAUUCUUGUCGAAAAUGCUAUGAUCGAUCUCUGCGAAUCCGGUGUUGGAACGUGGAA